CUUACACACACUGUACAACAGUAGAAUUAUUUUGUGCUUGAUCAAGUAUGGACACGUACUGCACCACAAUCUGUUUAAAGAUACUGAUUUCAAAACACCUUUUUUUGUCCUGGACAGACAUUUAUUUAAUGAUAGCAACAUCUGCAUCUCCAUCAGAGGGUGAUUCUUUGGAGAUUUUUCCAGCACAAAUAUUUGGACCCCGCACAGCAAAAGUUGGUGAGAAUUUAAUUUUAAAGUGCAGCUUCUCCAACAUCAAGAUCUCAAAUACAGAAGCUCAUGUGUAUUUGUGUAAGAAUGGUGUUGGAAAGAGAUUAGACCUUCUUGGAAAUAAAGAUGAGUGCACCUUCACUUUGAGAAAUAUUGCAUUACGGGACUCUGGUAACUACAGUUGUAUGUACUCAUUUACAAAAUAUCCUCCGAGGAAUGUCACAGGAUACGGGAUUAAUUCAAUCCAUGUCCAAGUCACAGAAUAUCCUGAGAAGAAUAUUAUAGGAUCAGGACAUAACUCAAACCCUGACCAAAAACGUGAUGACACUGGGCAAACUACCAUGGUUUCUCUUGUCACUCUUGUCCUGGUUGGUGUCAUCUUUAUUCAAAUAUAUCGCUACAGAACGAUGAUAUGUGACAAGUUGUGCCAGCUCUACCAAGGACAGAGUUUCUCUGGUUCCAGCAGUGAACCUCCAAAUAUGAGGACAGGUGAAGGUCAAGAACAAGUAAACCAGACAGCGAACACCCAUGAAAUAAUUUACAGUGACAUGGGGGAAUAUGCCACAAUACCUGAAGCAGGAGGGCUCAAUAAACCACUUGCUGAUUAUGAUGCUAAGAGUGCCACACUCUAUGAUCUUGCUGACCCUUCUGAGAUAUACAGCUUAGUGCAAGGGAAUAAUUUAUUUACUGCUGUACUGGACAUUCAGAUAUGCAUACGAUAUUUAAAAAAAAAAAUGCUUAAGCUUACUUUAACUUUAACUGACUUUACUGUACAUCAACAAGUUUUUUUUCUAUGCAUGGUGGACAUAUUUUAAUCAGUUGAAUUUGAAUUUUAUCUUAACAGAAAAUAAACCCAAGAUGGAAAGAGAGGCCGAACAAUCUGCAGAAACAGCAGUCUACGCACAAGUGCUGAAGGAAAAGAUAAAAUAACUUGCCAUCAUUCCUUACAAC